AUGGCCGACCUCGCCGCCGCGUUCCACGCAGUCCCCCCAGUCACCCGCACCCUUCUCCUCGCCCUCGCCGCCGUCACAGCGCAAGUCCUCUUUCCUGCCCCCCUCUCCUUGUUCUGGGGACCAGUCGCGAGACGCUUCGAACUGUUCAACAUACCAAUUGGCCUCCCUUUUCUCUUCCGGCCCCUGCUUCUUGCUCAGACUUAUGUCUGGUGCCGGGUCAACCCCACAGUCCGGGUCUCCAUAUUUGGCCUUUUCACUCUUCCAACAAGCCUGUAUCCACCCGCUUUGAUACUGCUUGAUCUACUCACUGGAGGCCCAGCCAAAGCUCUUGGUGGCAUCGUCGGUCUUCUGGCAGGCCAUUUAUGGUGGUUUCUUUCUACGUACCUCCCAAGCCAUGCGCCUUCCCAUCUACGCCGUGCCAACCCCCUUGCAACACCCCUUUUCUUCAAGAGACAAUUCCCUGCUAGUCAGCCAAUGCCCCAGACUGUAACAGGUACUGGAUCUGGCUAUACUCAAGCUACAGGGCAUAGUACAGCAAGGUCAGAGGCUUCACAAGCUGCUAGGCAUAGGUGGGGUGGAGGACAGCGACUUGGAGGAUCUGCUCUCUGA